UCCCUCAUUUUUUUUUUUUUCCCUCUCUCCCUGUGUCCCUCACCCGGCUUUCCUCCCCGCCUCCCUCCUGGGAUUGCGGCUCCCAGGCCUGCGCUUGCGCGGAAAGGGCUGCUCGGAGGUGCGCUGAGGUGGAGCGGAGAGGGGGACAGAAGCUCCGAUUGACCAAAGCCACAGGGAAAAUGGUGGAAAAUUCACCGUCGCCAUUGCCCGAAAGAGCGAUUUAUGGUUUUGUUCUGUUCCUAAGCUCCCAGUUUGGCUUCAUACUUUAUCUCGUGUGGGCUUUUAUUCCUGAAUCUUGGCUAAACUCAUUAGGCUUGACAUAUUGGCCUCAAAAAUACUGGGCAGUUGCAUUGCCUGUGUACCUUCUGAUUACUAUAGUCAUUGGUUAUGUACUCCUGUUUGGAAUUAACAUGAUGAGUACCUCUCCACUCAACUCCAUUCAUACAAUCACAGAUAACUAUGCUAAAAAUCAACAACAGAAGAAAUACCAGGAUGAGGCCAUCCCAGCAUUAAGGGAUAUUCCUAUUAGUGAAGUAAACCACAAGUUCUUUCUCACAGCCAAAAGAUCUUAUACUGAAAACUGAUUCGGGUAUAAAUAACAUUAGACAUACAAAUAAACAUAUGUUUCUGACAUUA